AUGGAUCAAGUAAACAUCAUCACUGGCCAAAAUGGAAUAUUGGAGAAGCCUCAGCUCUGUUUCGAUUCUCUUAACAGCUCUUGUGUGAAGCUGACCUAUCCUCUGGAAGUCCGGGUUUUGCUCUACAUACUCUUCAGUGUUUCAUCCUUUCUUACAGUGGUGGGGAAUCUUCUGGUGAUCAUAACUGUCAUUCAUUUCAAGCAGCUCCACACUCCAACUAACUACCUCAUUCUGUCUCUGGCUGUGUCUGAUCUGCUUGUAGGAGGACUUGUGAUGCCUCCCAGUAUGUUACGUUCCGUGGAAACUUGCUGGUAUUUGGGAAACUUGUUCUGUAAAAUACACAGCAGUCUUGAUGUCACAAUGUGCACUGCCUCAAUUUUAAAUCUGUGUAUAAUUUCUCUAGAUCGAUAUUAUGCAGUCUGUCACCCCCUUCUGUACCACAGUAAAAUGACUACUAAUACAACCUUGUUUAUGAUCUUUGCUUGUUGGAGUAUUUCUGCUGUAGUAGGAUUUGGGAUGAUAUUUCUACAGCUGAACAUAAUAGGUAAUGAAGAUUUUUACAUCAAUAACUUUGCCUGCAUGGGUGCCUGUAUGGUGUUUCAGACUAAAGUGGGUGGUGUCGUGUUUUCAAUGUUUUGUUUUUACAUCCCUGCCCUGAUCAUGCUCGGUGUGUAUGUGAGAAUCCUACAUGCUGCAUGGCGACAAGCACGUGCGAUCCAGGGCACUGCUGCAUGGAUGAAAAAUGCUGAGAAGGCCACCGUGGUCAAGUCUGAGAGGAAGGCUACCAAAACACUGGCCACCAUCAUGGGGGUCUUUCUCACAUUCUGGGUGCCGUUCUUCCUUUGUAACUGUAUAGACCCUUUCACUGGGUACUCAGUACCACCAGUGUUGUUUGAUUUGCUCCUCUGGGUCGGGUACUUCAACUCCACAUGUAAUCCUUUAAUAUAUGCAUUGUUCUACAGCUGGUUCAGACAUGCUUUCAGAGUCAUUCUCUCUGGUAGGAUAUUUCAGAGCAAUUCUUCACGCACCAAAUUGCUUUAA